AUGUACGACGAUUGCAUAUUCCUUUCGUUGAGAUUCCCGCAGAAAUUGUGGCGUAUAGUGAACGAAUGCAGGAGCGGCGCGAUCCGUUGGAGCCUGAACGGCAAUACCAUUCUUCUCGACUACAAGAAAUUUCAGGAACAGUAUCUCGACGCGGGCAAUUCCAUCUUCAAAACGAAGAACAUUACGAGCUUCAUCAGGCAGCUGAAUCUCUAUGGUUUCCGGAAGGUGACGUCGCACAAUAGAGAUCCGAUUUGCAAUUCUCAGAAUCCAGACGUUCAUGAAUUUCUGCAUGAAAAUUUUCGCACUGGACGGCCGGAUCUCUUGUCGAGGGUGUACAGGAAAACUGCCGGGAAAAGACACUGUCAACGGCUUAACGUAAAAAAUGCCGUGGAGCAAAACUUCUUAAACAAGAACACCGAACACGUUUCACGUUUGCAUAUGUGUCGGUUGGCGUUAACGAAAACGUUAGAACAGAUAUCGCGAGAAUACCAACAAACGCAAAAUCGUAAAUUAAAAGACGAAAAUACUUUAAAUUCUCCUGAAAAAGUAUUUAAUUUUGGUUCAUAUAUGCAACAAAACCGUGAAACCGCCGUAGAUUGGAUUACAAAAGAUUCGGUACCGAUUUCUUUAAAAAAGGAUAAUUCAAAUGACACACAACUUACUCCUGGUGUUUAUCUUAAAUGGACAAAUUCUUCUAAAAAUAUUAGUUAA